GCUUCUGAUUGGCAGAGCGCCGCCAUUUGCCUCCCGAACAUAAACAAACCGUAGCUGAUCAGGCCGACGUUGGAAAAACCUUCACAUUUUUCAUUCUCCUGACCACCUGUGACCUCUGGAUGGCCAGGUGACCCGACCAGCGGCUGCACAGGUCACUAAGGUGAACAUUUCUACUAAAGACAACAACAACAACAACAACAACAACAACACGGAUUGGUGUACGAGUGCAAUUAAAGAUCAAGAUCAAGAUGUGAAGUGAAAAUAAAAAAAAAUAAUUAAAAGAUCAAGAUUGAAAUGAAAAAAAAAUAAAUAAAGAAAUAAAUAAAACAUUGAAAAUAAAAAUAAAGAAAAAAAUAGAUAGAGAAAAUUAAAAGAUUGAAAUUUAAACUAAAGGAAAAUCUGAAGAAAAUUAUUUUUAAAAAGUUUUCGAAAUUGAAGAAAAUAUGAAGGAAAUUAAGUGAUGUGAAAUUUCAGUGUUAUAAAAAAAAAAAAAAGAAAUUGAAAAGAAUGAAAGGAAAACACGAGAAAUUGAUGAAAAUAAACCGUUGAAAUAAAUAGAAAAAAAACGAACAGAAAAAAAGUGAAAUUAUGAAAAAAUAUAUAAAUUGAGAAAAAAAACGAAUAAAAAAGAAAUUAGAAAAAAAAAGAAAUUAGAAAAAAAGACGAACCUAAAAAAAAUCAAUAAAAAACGAAAAAAAAAAAAACAAAUAAACAAACAAAUAAACAAAAAAAAACAUUCAAAUUUAAACAGAACCAACGAACCAGCAUAAAAAUGGAACCACCACCACCACCACCACCUUCACAAACCGAUACCACCUCUCAAAUUAUACAACUACCAUCCCUACCGCCUCUACCACCACUAUUUAACCCACAACAACCAACAUCUACCACAAUUACACCCCUAACAACCACAAUCACCCCAAUAUUAGCCAUUGAACAACCAGUUAUAGACGGAGAAAUUAAUUGCUUUGUUUGUGGGACAGGUUUUAAAGAUGGCGAAGACUGGUUGAACUUUGAGGCUAACCACCUGCUUCCUAACUGCUCAGCUGGACUGCUUGACGUGUUAGGAACGAGUUUAGGCGUGGGGUUAACAACGGACAGUUCUUUAAUCCACCUUUGCUCAAAUUGCAGUAAAAUUAUCCUAAAUCUUGAUGAGCUGUUUGCGAAGCUGUUUAACUUACGCCUCACCAUCAGUAGGCUCUUUCACAACAACAGUAGGCCUAAGUUAACUCUGCAGCUAAUUCCUAAGCCUACACCUACGACUACUAGUGCUGCUACGUUGAAUCUUGAAGACUUAGCCGCUACAAGAUCAAGAAGAGGUAGACGGAAGAUGAAUGCUGCUACUACUACUACUACUACUGCUACUACUACUGCUACUAUUGCUAAGAGAAAGGGGGGGAGGCCUAGAAAGCCGUUUUCUUGCAGUAUAUGUCGGAGAAAAUUCCUAACUGACAGGGCACUCAAUUUCCACACGAGUAGAGAUCAUACUGCUACUACUACUACUACUACUACUACUGCUACUACUACUACUACUACUACUGCUACUGUUGAUGUCAAUUUGCCACCAGACUCACAGACUCGCACUCAAACUGCUGCUGUCCUGCCAGUGACCCUUCCUAACACACACACGCACACACUAACAGGCAGUUCCUUAACUACACAUGUUCCUAACUCCUUAACAAGCACUCAUAACACACAAACGAACACACACAGCCUUCCUAACACGAGGCCCAUUAAGGCGGAACAAGGAACCGCAACUACCGCAACUACUACAACUACUACAACCAUUCCUGCAGUUAUGAAGGUGGAGCAGCCAUUAGCGAGGCAGGACGGUGCUAUAACUACCCUCAAAACUGAACUACAACCACAACAACCACAAUUACAGCCUCAAACGACCACAAGGCAGUUAGGAACACAUUUACGACCAAUUCAGCCGAAACCUCAAACAGUUAGAGGUCAAACUAGAGAUGGAUCCGUUCUAGUUGUCGUUAAUGCAAGUGAGACGAGCACAGCGCUAAUUACCUUGUCUCCUAACUACCCUGGCCUGAAAACACAAACGAACGCACACACGAACGCUUGCCCAGUUUGUGGAAAGGUGUUUAAUGAUGAAAAAAGUAAGAAAAUGCAUACUAUUGCUGCUCAUAGAAAACGGGUGCACUCAAACGUACAUAAGACUACUUUAUGUACGUUUCUAUGUAAAUCUUGUGGUGUGCGUUUGCAGUCUCGCAGGGAACUUUACGUACAUAAACGCACACACGCCCACGCACAGAGUAGAUACACAUGUACGGUUUGUUCACGUGUGUUCAUGUACAAGUAUGAGCUAAAUAAACACACGCAAACGCACAUGCCGUGUACACAAAAGGGUUUACAUGAGUUUGUGUGUACGUUGUGCAGUCUUCAUGUCGCCUCUCGUGCCGCGCUCAAAAUUCACGUACACAGGUUCCAUUCCACGCACACAGACGCACAUGGCUCGAAAAACGCACAGGAAAUGAAGCCGAAGUAUUUGUGUGCGUAUUGCGGCCACCUCUCACGCACACGCAAAAGUUUCGUCACCCACACACGCACACACGAGGGGGAGAACGACACACACACACAAGAAGGCCCAAAAAACGUUCACAGCGCCGAAUUCACACACACAGACGAACACACAAGCUUGCAAACGCACGCACACACACACGCAAACGCAGAAGUACCAGAUUUUGAAGCAGAGCAACAGAAAACGGGAAACAAGUCCAAGAAGGAAUGCGUUCACUGUCACAAGGAGAUGCUGGCAACCUCCAUACGUACACACACGUACAGGAUGCAUGGAAAGCCGGUGCACACAUGUACGUAUUGUGAAGAGAGGUUCUGUGUGCGUUCUGACCUCAUGAGACACAUCAAUGCGCACCAUACGGCUCAGAAUGCUUAUAUUUGCGCAGAACCGUUGUGUUCGGAGGCUUUCCCGACUUCAGAUGCCCUCAGGUACCAUCGCAACAAGGUCCACUCCACGGAGACGUACACGUGUACACAUUGCUCUAAGGUGUACAAGUGGAAGGGGGAGCUACGUACACACAUACAACGUGCCCAUGCCUGCCGUGAACGUUUUUCUUGCCCCCUGUGUGCCCGAAGUUAUGCUGAUAAAAGAAAGCUUCGUCAGCAUCUCUCAGUGAAGCAUGGAAGUGAGGGCCUCGACAAGCAACCAGAGGGGGGGGUAGGGUUCUCCGAGGACCCAGCCACCACCACCACCACCACAACUACCACAAUUAAUGAAAAUUAUGACCAGGAGACGUCCAUUGUUGCCAUCCCUCUGUAUCAAAAUUCAAACCCUGAAAUACUACAAGCAAAUUUGAAUGGACCAAUAGGAGACGAGGAGGGUUUGAACCGGCCAAUCACAGAGCAGGAGGAGGAUUUAAAUGGACCAAUGGCAGGAGAGAUUUACUUGGUGCCAAAUCUUUCGGUGCCAAUCCAUGAAGAACAGGUGUCAACAAGUUAGAAUCCCCCAGGUAGCCCCCGUGGCAGCUCAGACAGGUAGCUGACCUCCAGGACGGCCGUGAGGAGCCCCAGGAGGACAGCACCACCCACACCCCUUGACAGUGGCAGAAGGCGGAACGGGCGGGUUUUCGUGUCACCCUUCAGUUGCGUCUGGUGCAGAGAGGCGUGGACUUGGCUGGCAGGGUGUUCAGUGAGGCAUUGGUAAGAACACAGGGCCGCUACUUCUCCCGCCACGGAUAACACAGAUGGCUUGUGGGUAGUCGUGGGUCAGAUUGAAAAUUCUUGACAUUUGCGUGGUUCUAAACGUCACAACGAGGCAAGAUAGACCGUCACUGAACACCGAACGUCACCUUGAAAGACACCAGUAGGAAGAUGCGAGGCUGAUAAGUGAGGUAAGGUCAGAUGAGGUCAGGUGAGGUCAGGUGAGGUCAGGUGAGCCUUUAAACAGCUGCUCCUGGUGUCCACUGCUGCCACGACGAGAGGUGAAGGUCCCGGAGGUCACUUCUGGCUCUCUGGUGACCUUCACGCCGCAUCACGCUCCUUGACACGGCCCAGCAGGGGUCAGGAACGCUCUCACGACUAGUUUGGCCAAAGGACCUGCCUAGUCACCCUGCAGUACCGCCACAAGGGAUGCCUCGUUAAGUAGAGGUAAACAGGGGCGUGACCAUACACACACACACACGCACGCACGCACGCACAUUAAUUAUCUUUCCAGUUUAUAUCUUUCCAGCCUCAUAAAUGCGAUCUGGCUACCGUAGUGUUGUUGUAGUGUGUAUUGUGAAUUAAUUAUAUCAGUAUGUUGAUGAGGAAGAACGUGGGGGCUUUAAAAUAUGAAGUGGUGAUGUGUGUUUACCUCGAGCUAUUGACUGUGACGCACUAACCGCACAACUUUGCAUGUAGUGUACAUAUUAGAUAGCUUUUAAGACGGGGAGCAUCUUCACUACGGCCUUUAAUCUCCAAAAUUUUGACUUUCCUUGUAUAUAUUUAUGUAAUUUUGAAUAUAUUAAUAAGAGAGAGA